CCUCUAUCUUCUUCUCCUCAAACACAGACGAUUCCCGAACAGGAAAGGAAAAUUCAAGAUUGCUACGCACCGUUUCCUUCGUUUUCUCAACGGAAAAUGGUUGGGUUGGAGUGCAAACCAGAGAUGAUCUCACCGAACAUGCCAAACAAAUUCCCUAAGCUCUCUACCAAAAUUCACAUCUCCAUCCCUCCGGCGGUGUCCUUUCAUCCAGUAACGAAUCGGUCGCCGGUUGCAGCUUCUGAUUCGGCUUGCUCCGCUUACGAGCAGUAUCUUCGUCUACCGGAGCUUAGUAAGCUAUGGAACUCUAGGCAGUUUUCAGGCUGGGAAAACGAAUCGAUUCUGAAACCCGCUUUGCAUGCUCUGGAGAUCACGUUUCGAUUAGUUUCCACGGUUUUGUCGGAUCCAAGGCCGUACGUGAACCAACGAGAAUGGAAGAGACGGCUAGAGUCGCUGGCCUCUAGUCAGGUUGAGUUCAUCGCGAUCCUCUGUGAGGAAGACGAAGACAACAGCGAGACACGUGGAAACAAGCCGAUCGCCGAUCUGAGCUCUUCCACCGGAGUAUUGGCUCGCGACGGGAGCUCGGCCGAGGUAUGGAAGAUUUCAGGUGACGCCGUUGUGGUCAACCGGACAUGCGAAGCCAGCCUCCUCCCUCGCCUCACCACGUGGCAAAAGUCAGAGGGCAUAGCCCAGAAGAUCCUCUACUCCAUCGAAAGCGAGUUCCGCCGGUGUCGGUAUACUCUAGGCCUCGGCGAACCUAACCUCACCGGCAAGCCAAACCUCGAGUACGACGCCGUUUGUAGGCCAAACGAGCUUCACGCUCUCAAAAGGAGCCCGUACGAUUUGGAUAACCACGAAAACCAGACUCUAUACACAACGCACCAGAUAAUGGAAUCGUGGAUCCACACAGCGCAACAACUAAUCAAACGCACCGUUUCGAGGAUCGAGAGCAAGAAAUUCGAUCAAGCAUCAAGUGACUGUUACUUGCUGGAACGGAUAUGGAAGCUUCUCGAAGAAAUUCAGGACCUCCAUCUUCUAAUGGAUCCGGAUGAUUUUCUGAAGCUGAAGAGCCAGUUGGCGAUCAAAUCGGUAAACGAAACGGAGGCGUUUUGUUUCAGAUCGAGAGGACUCGUGGAGAUAACAAAAGCAUGCAAGGAAUUGAAGCACAAGGUACCGGAUAUUCUAGGCGUUGAGGUGGACCUCAAAGGUGGGCCCAGGAUACAGGAGGCGGCGAUGAGAUUGUACAGUGAUAAGAGGGAUGCGAACAAGAUUCAUCUGCUACAAGCGUUGCAGGGGAUAGAGGCCGCAUUGAAGCGGUUCUUCUUCGCGUACAAGCAGGUGCUGGUGGUGGUAAUGGGGAGUUUGGAGGCGAAAGGAAACCGAGUUUUCACGAGUUCAGACUCGCGCGACUCGCUGAGUCAGAUAUUCCUGGAACCCACUUAUUACCCGAGUUUGGAUGCUGCGAAGACGUUCUUGGGAGAGUUUUGGGGUGGACGAUUCUGUCGCGAGUAGAAGUUGGGCUCGGUAUUUGACUGAGUUAGUAGAACUCAUAGAGGAUUAUUCAUACUUGGCGGAUUGAAAUAUAAGGCUUUUUAUAUUGUCAUUUUUGCUAAAUUUUGUUUAAUUUGUAUGCAUAUUUGUUAUAAUAAAUCAUGUGCACAUUUACUUGGAAUAUCUGGGCAUGGAAACGUGUUUGAUGCAUUACCAAUUUCAAUUGUGAAUCAUCCACCAAUCACGUGGCUUCACAUUCUUGUUGGGUCCGCUUGAUGAUGGAUGGCAUGUGUAAAUUGUCAAGAAGGUUUGGAUAAAGGAGUUAUUGUCGCCGUACAUAGAGAGGGCAACCCAAUCCAACCAAGCAGGCAGAGACGUGAUGGAGGAUGGCGAAAUCAAUGGCUUUAUGCCGUUGUUGUUGAAACUAGUGACUGGGGCCAUCCAUGCCGUGAUAAAUGGGAUGGGAGCCGUGUCAUGUGAGUGCGACACUGUAACCGAUAGAUUCAAGGGUACAGCUUGUUUCUAAAUUCGGCCCAACUAAGAUGUUCCGUGUGAGUAAGCUGGGGCUCUUGAUCAGUCCCUUGUCUUUGAGUAGCAGCCCUUGCUUGAUUUUUCUGGUGAGAUGAUCAUAAUCUUUUUUUGAUCUCGGUGACUUUGUGGUCGAGUUUGGUAAUCCAUAUUAGAGUAAUCCUCUCUUUUGUUUACUUCGGGAAUUUAAGGGAUAUUCAAUUUGAGUUUGGGUUAGUUCUUGGUCGCUCCAUGUUUAUAUGAGUGUUUCCGGUG